GCCGCCGCUCGGCUCUGCCGGCCUCACCCCUCCCGCCCGGGACAGGUGGCUGGAGCGCGCCCCGCCCCCGCCAGCUGCGGGUGGGAGCGAGGGAGGGCCAGCCCCGGACGGCCGCCGCCAGCUGCGAGGGAGAGUGAGAGAGGGCCAGUCCGGGACGGCCGGGCGAGGAGUCCGGCGGCAGCAAACGAGUAUCGUGGCGGCCAAAAAAAUGCUCCUGUACCGAGGGGCCCCCGCGGGCCCUGGCGCGCCGGCAAGCGGGCUGGCCCGGCCGGGCGGCGGCCCACAGGCCUUCGGGAUCCGCCUGAGCACGAUGAGCCCCCGCUACCUACAGAGCAACUCCAGCAGCCACACGCGACCCUUCAGUGCCAUCGCGGAGCUGCUAGAUAAUGCUGUAGAUCCAGAUGUAUCCGCCAGGACCGUCUUUAUAGAUGUUGAGGAGGUCAAGAAUAAAUCUUGUUUGACCUUUACUGAUGAUGGAUGUGGGAUGACACCUCAUAAACUACACCGAAUGCUCAGCUUUGGCUUUACAGAUAAAGUAAUAAAGAAGAGCCAGUGUCCCAUCGGGGUCUUUGGUAAUGGUUUCAAGUCAGGCUCCAUGCGGCUAGGAAAGGAUGCUCUUGUCUUCACCAAGAAUGGGGGUACUCUCACUGUUGGACUCCUAUCACAGACCUAUCUGGAAUGUGUCCAGGCCCAGGCAGUUAUUGUACCAAUUGUUCCAUUCAACCAGCAAAACAAAAAAAUGAUUAUUACUGAGGAUUCCUUGCCCAGCCUAGAAGCCAUCUUGAACUAUUCAGUUUUCAACAGUGAAAAUGACCUGCUGUCCCAGUUUGAUGCCAUCCCAGGCAAAAAAGGCACUCGGGUUCUCAUUUGGAACAUCCGCAGAAAUAAAGAUGGAAAGUCUGAGUUGGACUUUGAUACAGAUCAGUAUGACAUCCUGGUAUCAGACUUUGGCACAGAAGAAAAAGAGACUGGUGGUGUUACCUGUGAGCUGCCAGAAACAGAGUAUUCUUUACGGGCAUUUUGUGGUAUUCUGUAUAUGAAGCCACGAAUGAAAAUUUUUCUGCGUCAAAAGAAGGUGACUACCCAGAUGAUUGCCAAGAGCCUGGCCAAUGUAGGAUAUGAUUUAUAUAAACCUACCUUCACAAAUAAGCAGGUGAAAAUAACUUUUGGGUUCUCUUGCAAGAAUAAUAACCAGUUUGGAGUAAUGAUGUAUCAUAACAACCGACUCAUAAAGUCUUUUGAGAAGGUGGGAUGCCAGGUGAAGCCAACCCAUGGAGAAGGUGUGGGAGUAAUUGGAGUCAUCGAGUGCAAUUUCUUAAAACCUGCCUACAACAAACAAGACUUUGAGUACACCAAAGAGUACCGGUUGACAAUAAAUGCCCUUGCCCAGAAGCUCAAUGCUUAUUGGAAGGAAAAGACAUCCCAAGAGAAUUUGGAGACCUCAGCCAUUGCCAGGCCAAUACCGAAGAUUCCUGACCAGACAUGGGUACAGUGUGAUGAGUGUCUUAAAUGGAGGAAGCUUCCUGGCAAGGUUGAUCCAUCUACAUUACCUGCAAGAUGGUUUUGUUACUAUAAUUCCCAUCCGAAAUACAGGAGAUGCUCUGUUCCAGAGGAACAAGAACUCAUCGAUGAAGACCUGUACUUGAGCAAAGCUAAGAAACAAGAUCAAGCCGUUGAGAAGAAGAAGCUGCCAGUGGACAAUGAGAACCACCAGGUACUUGCUAAUCCACUGAAGAUCCCUGCUAUUCAAGAUAUGGAUGAAUUGAACAGUAAGACAAUUGGAUACGAGGGAAUGGACAGACCUAGCCGGCCUCCCUCUGUUGGAGAAGAAAGCAGGACACCUUCUCUUCAGCUUAAGCCUCUGGAUUCCAGUGUUUUUCAGUUUUCCAGUAAGUACAAAUGGAUCCUGGGAGAGGAGCCGGCGGAGAAACGAAGAAGGCUCCAGAAUGAGAUGACAACACCUCCUCUAGAUUAUUCAAUGCCUGGCCCUUACAGGAGGGUGGAGGCACCUGUCGCCUACCCAGAAGGGGAGAACAGCCAUGAUAAGUCCAGUUCCGAGAGAAGCACACCACCGUACCUUUCUCCAGAAUACCCAGACGCAAGCAAGAAUACCAGUCAGAGUAGGGAGGUGUCAGUCCUGUAUUCAGGGGCCCAAGACCAACACCAGGGGUCCCUGCUCCCUGAAGAAUUAGAAGAUCAGAUGCCAAGAUUGGUAGCAGAAGAAUCUAACAGAGGCAGCACAACCGUAAACAAGGAGGAAGUAAACAAGGGACCUUUUGUAGCCGUUGUGGGUGUUGCAAAAGGCGUUAGAGAUUCAGGAGCUCCCAUUCAGCUGAUCCCUUUUAACAGAGAGGAGCUGGCUGAGAGGAGAAAAACAGUGGAAUCUUGGAGCCCGGUGCCUUUUUCCUCCGUGGCCUCUGGUCCCGCCCCUGCCGCAGCCGCUGGGGAGAAGGGCCGGGGUUAUGAGGAGAGCGGAGGUCGCAGUACGCCAAAGAUGAAGAACCAAAGAGAGCUGGAAGAACUGAAAAGAACCACCGAAAAACUGGAACGCGUUUUGGCUGAGCGGAACUUGUUCCAGCAAAAGGUGGAGGAGCUGGAGCAGGAGAGGAAUCACUGGCAUUCUGAGUUCAAGAAAGUCCAGAGCGAGCUGGGGACCUACACCGCCCAGGAGACGGAAGGCUUGUACUGGAGCAAGAAACACAUGGGCUAUCGCCAAGCCGAAUUCCAGAUUCUGAAAGCUGAGCUGGAGAGGACCAAGGAAGAAAAGCAGGAACUCAAAGAGAAACUGAAGGAGACAGAGACGCACCUGGAAGUGCUGCAGAAGGCUCAGGGCUUUGGCAAAGCUUACGCGGCUGCGUAUCCACGUCAGCUAUCUCCUUACUUCUGUCCUCCCUCACUUGGAGCUUCGUGAGAUCGGGUUUGACUCAGAGCAAGUGGAUGGGAUCCUGUAUACGGUGCUGGAGGCAAAUCACAUACUGGAUUGAGCACCGGACUAUAUACUCUAUAUACCCUCCUAUACCCUACCCUACUCUUGUCUCCUCUCCUCCCCCCCCCCCCCCCUUCCUCUCUCUCCCUCUCCCCCUUUCCCUCUCCGCCCGCCCCCCC